AUCUAAUAUUUUUUUUAUAUUCAUUCUAUAAGUUAUUACGAUUUUAAACUAAACUUUAAAAUACACAAUUAAAAAUGGAAAAAAUGGAAAAAAUAGACAAAUCGAUAAGUCGAUUAUCUAUUAAACAAAGCAUCGCUUUAAGACGAUUAACGAAGACUGAAGUAAUAGCACCAAUAGUAGAACUAACAAUAUUGGAAAAAAGAAUUUGUGAAGUAUUUGAUAUAUUUGAUACUACAAAAAGUGAUGAAAUAGAUGUUAAAGAUUUGGGAAUUAUUAUUAGAACAUUAGGAUGUGUUGUCACAGAAGCAGAAUUACAAGAAAUACAAGUUCAAGUGGAAGAUGUAGUAACUAAUCGUAUACCAUUAAAAAAGUUUUUAGAAUAUAUGUCCAAAGCUAUUGGUGAAUACAAAUAUAAGCCAGCAGAACCAGAAGAUUUAUUAAAAGCAUUCCAUUUAUUAGAUCCUGAACAUCGAGGUUACAUUAUGCGUGAAGACUUAGAAAAAAUAAUGAUGGAAAUUGGAGAACCAUUUUCAAUAGAAGAAAUAAAUAACAUGAUGGCUAUUGCAUGUGAUCCCGAAACAAAACAAAUUAAUUAUGAACAUUAUAUUAAUUUAUUACUUGUAAAAAUACCUGAACCAUUGAAUGUAUAUUCCAUUGUUGAUGCAAUGGAGGCUGCUAGAUUAGAAGCUAUGCCUAAAAAACCUAAAUUGGAUAGUCUUUUACUUACUUAUCAAUAAUUUUUAAUAUGCA